AUGAGUAAAAUCCUCGAGAGAGUAGUCGAGACAGAAAUUGGCUCUGAAUUUCCGACAGAUCAUCUAGAAAUUCUCAAUUUUUACGGUACCGAAGUCGCAUUCAUCUGGAACAAAGAUAAACUUAUCAUAUUCCCAUAUCAUCCAAACUUCACACGUGAUGGGGAGAUGCAAAUAAUUGACUCACGCUCCUUGGUAAUUGAAAAAUUAAUAGCUCCAAAGCCAUUAAAAAGCAUUUGCAGUUACUUAGGAAGAAUAUUCAUUAUCUGUGAGCCGACAGGGAUCUAUAAACUCUCGAAGAAGCUAAAGUUCGUGGUCCUCAGUAAAACUGGAAUAGGACUGGGUUGCGAAGUGCACCAGGUCCUCACUCCAAUCAAGGAUUGCCUUUAUUUAGCUGACAAAAUAACUAAAAAAUCCAAACCCCUCUUCCAGCUGUAUGAGAAUGUGAAUUAUCGGAAUCAGAAUGGCAUCAUUGUCUACGAUUUAAGACAGAUAUUAUUAAGUGGCGAUAGUGAUGAUGAUCAUGGUGAUAAAUACUGUUUAAUUACCAGUGGAAAGAAACUUUUCAAAUUGCUUGAUCAAAGAGUGAUUAUUAUUUACACGGAGGCUAAUUUUAUUACUGAUAUUCUCCCUAUUAAAAGAGAUAAAAAGGACUAUGGUGUGGGGCUCAUUACUAAGGGCAAUUAUUUCGUUCUAUUAUUGUCAGAAAAAGAUCCGCAUUCGCUGAUACCCUGGAAGAAGUUGUACUAUGAUGGAAUAAUCACAGCUGCCACCAUAUACGCUUGCCAGGCCUCUACUAACCAAUUAUGGUUUUUUUACACUAAUGGGCAAAAUAUUUAUCACAGAACAGCACAAACAGUCUGCUGUGGUCAUGACAGCAAUGAUAAUGUGGAGAUUGUCUAUACUUCCAACAAGAAAGUUAUAAAUUGUGUGACAACUCGUGGGACUAGACUUGUGAUGCUUUCUAGUGGUCAAUUGAUAGAGUUUAACAUUGUUAAUAUGGAGCCAAUCACAGAGAAGAGGGAGUUUAAUACGUUGAAAGAAGAAAUGGUGAGGAAUGCAAAUAUUAUUGUUGAUAAAAUUUGUGAAAGAGCCAAACAGCUGGAACUGGUGAACAAAGAACUUACUUUGGCGCAGAGACGAUUAGAGAGAACCAGUAUCUAUUCUCAUAAGGAGAAGCCUCAGUAUUCGCCAGCGAUCAACAUUUUCAAGGUAGGAGGGAGGACCUACCUGAAGCUUAAGCUUGAAGGACUGCCAUUGGACAGCCAAGUAUUUGUUAAUGUUGCAAUUGAUGGUGAAAAAGAAUUUGCUUCAAAGAUAGUUCGCCAUCGUGUGACAAUUCUGGAGAUUCCUCUGGAGGUUGAGGGAAAAUUGAGGGAAGUGUACAAAUUUGAUGUGAGGAUUGACCUAGUAGCGGCUCACCAUGAAACCCAAUUGUGGUGCAUUUUCAAUAAUUAUGGAAGUGCUGAUGGCUCUUGUAGGAUCGCUACAAACGGGAAACAAUUUUUGAAUGCUAAGCUCAAUACUUUAAGGAGUUUGAUUGACAAGAAGGGUAUUGAUUACGUCAAGUUGCGGUCCAUUAAAACAAGUAUUAGGAAGGAGUUGGGUAAUUGAUUGUUUUCCAUUUUUUAUACGUUUUUUACUACAGGUUGCAUUGAUGACAACCGUGAAUUUAUACAUAUACAGAAAGCUCUCGAGAAUUCUAUUGAAUAUUGUUUCCAUCUUUCUACAAACAAUAAAAUAAUUUUGUUAUACUUA